AUGAAAAUUGAUGAAUUACUUCUAGAGCUGUCAGCGAACAAAACUGAAGAAGCAGGAGAGCAGGGUCUACAGAUCGAAGCACUACAGGUGACUAGCACUAUUGUUCCAAUCAUAAACAAAGAAUCAGAAGAUACUGGAGAUGAAGCUCCGAUUUUCAAGCCCGGUAAUGAGGUUAUGAUCUUUCAAUCCAGAAUCAUUACCUCUGGUAAUAUUCCUAAAGCUCUGAUUGAUUCGGAUAGUGAGAAUAUGGAGCUAUUAGCGAACAGAGCCGAAGAAGCAGGAGAGCAA